GUUGAAAGAAACCUCUUAAGUCUGGGAGCUGGAAUUAGAGCCACAGAAACUGCAGAGGGGAAGCCACAAAACCACAGUGAAGAUGCCCGCUAAUGGGAACCGCCCCUUGAAACUGCAGUUUGGUCUAAUCAACCAUGAGGGCCGCUACCUCACUGCUGAGACCUUUGGCUUCAAGGUGAAUGCAUCAGCUCCCAGCUUAAAGAAGAAACAAAAAUGGACUUUAGAGCAGGACUCCCAGGACACCCAAGUAGUCUAUUUACGCAGCCACCUGGGGCGCUACCUGGCCUCCGACAAGGACGGCAAGGUCACCUGUGAGGCCGAUGGGCACAACUCAGACUGCCGUUUCCUCAUCGUGGCUCAGUCCGAUGGUCGCUGGGCCCUGCAGUCUGAGCAGCACCUCCGCUUCUUCGGCGGCUCUAGGGACUACUUGUCCUGCUUUGCUCAGAUAAUCACAGAUACAGAGCUGUGGGCAGUGCACCUGGCUCUACAUCCGCAGGCCAACCUGCUGUCUGUGGCCCGCAAGCGUUACGCCCACCUCUCCACAGAGGAUGGGGAGAUUGCUGUGGAUUUGAACAUUCCCUGGGGUGUGGCGGCACUCCUCACCCUCGUCUACCUGGACGGGAAGUAUUGCCUAAAGACCAGCGACAGCCGCUUCCUCAGCAAUGAUGGGAAGCUCUUGACACAGAGUGGGAGGGCCACAGCAUACACGUUAGAGCUGAAGUGUGGGAAGCUGGCCUUUAAAGACUGCGAGGGGAAGUAUUUGUCUCCUAUGGGGCCUACGGGCACCCUGAGGUCUGGACGCUGUACCAAACCAGGCAAAGAUGAACUGUUUGACCUGGAGGAGAGCCACCCACAGGUGGUUCUGAUGGCAGCCAAUGGGCGAUAUGUCUCCAUAAGACAAGGAGUCAGCCUCGCAGCCAAUCAGGAAGAUGAGACUGACAUGGAGACGUUUCAGAUGGAGAUUGACAAGGAAACCAGGAAGUGCUCUUUUCGCACCAGCCAAGGGUACUACUGUGCCCUGGUGGCUCACGGAGGCAUCCAGAGCACUGCCACUGAAGUGUCAGCAAACACCAUGUUUGCGGUGGAGUGGCUUGACCACAAGGUGGCACUAAAAGCUAACAAUGGAAAAUACAUCUGCACCAAGAAGAAUGGCCAGCUGCUCGCAGUCAGUGACUCCAUAGGUGAGGACGAGCAGCUCACUCUGAAACUGAUCAACCGACCUAUGCUGAUCCUGAGAGGGGAGAACGGCUUCAUCUGCCACCACAGGAACUCCAAUACACUGGAUGCCAGCAGAUCGGUCUAUGACAUUUUCACCCUGCAAUUCAGUAACGGGGCCUACCAUAUUAAAGGUGUGGAUGGCCACUUCUGGUACGUGAACAGUGCCGGGCUGGUGUGCUCAGACGGUGAGGUCCCUGAGGAUUUCACUCUGGAGCUCAUUGAGCACGGCCGCCUCGCCAUCCGUGGUAAGAAUGGCAAAUACCUGCGUGGAGACCAAGGAGGCACGCUGAAGGGAGACGGACUCAGCCUGAGCAGUUCAGCGCUGUGGGAGUAUUAG